CAGGAGCCGAAGAGCGAAGCAGCCAAGAAAAGUGGAAGAAAUCCACCCACGCCACCCCCGUAGCAGGCAUUGCUUGUCCUCGUAGGCGUUGCUUGGCCUUCCUCGAUCGGCUUUCUUGCCAAGACGACAAGCAUGCCUGCUGGCGUCAGCUCUACAAACUAGGUAAGCAGGCACACUACUUGUGGAUCUACUCUACCCACUCUAUGUAGAGGCCGCGACGAUUGUCAGGGCCUCGAGGGACCAGCUUUGCUCUCAAAACUCCUCCACUAUCGCCUCGGCUACUCUCUUUCACAACACCGAGCCGACACCCAACGAUUCUCUCGUUCUUUCUUUCAACCAUCCUGCGAAUCGUAUAUAGGACGAAUCGCGUCCAGCAGACUCGGUUUGCGAUCGUCAACGACGGCUUUCCCGUCGUAUUGUUUCAUCGGGUCUUGUACAUAUUGUUUAGAGAGUACCCACGAUGAGGAUACCGUAUCUGUACGGCCUGCUGGCCGUUGUCGCCGGCUCUGUUGCAGCCGAUGCCGAUUUCAUGAGCGUCAGGACGCAGUUAGCGAAAGACUGGAGUGGGAAAGGAGGCGAUCCCGCAGUGAAAUAUUUUCAUGAAUCCACAUUCCAUCCCCAUUACGAUGGAAGAUUUGCGUCCGCACCGCUCCCAGAAGAACAAUCAUUAUCGUACUUAAUAUCCCUGGUUCAGACAUAUCUCGCAACCAUGAACGACCUUGGCGUGGAAACGUGGAUUAUGCAUGGCUCGCUCUUGGGAUGGUGGUGGAACCAAAAGAUUCUUCCAUGGGAUAGCGAUCUUGACGUACAAGUAUCCGAGCCGGGCAUGCAUUUCUUAGGUGACUACUAUAAUAUGACCGAACAUCAUUACAACAUCCCCGGAGUCCCCGAAGGUCGUACCUACCUGCUAGAAGUCAACCCGAACUACAUCAAUCGGUCGACGAGGGAUCGCGACAAUGUCAUCGAUGCGCGAUGGAUCGAUAUGUCUAGCGGCUUGUUUAUCGAUAUCACUUCGGUGCGUACCGAUGAUAUCAGGAGACAGAGAGGCGACCUUGGCGCUUUGAUCUGCAAGGACGCUCAUCGGUAUCAGGAGAACGAUAUAUUUCCGCUGCGAGAUAGUCUCUUCGAAGGCAUUCCUGUUAAGAUCCCUUAUGCAUAUACCAAGCUCUUGUCGUCUGAGUACGGUGGUAGGUCGCUGACCAACGUUAAAUUUAAUGGACACACAUUUGUUGAGGAAUCACAAGAAUGGGUCAAGGAUAUUGACGUUAUAGGAUUCGAGAAACCACCAAUUAACGCACCAAUCGACAAAUCAACCGGUAAUCCACCCGACAAUUCUAUCAACAAGCCAGUCGACAAAACAGCCGAGUAAUUCAUCAAACAUCCAAAAUCUACUUAAAUGUCUAUACCACAUAUCGCGCUGAUACCCUGCAUCGAGCCUUGAUUGAUCAGCUUUGCAUAUAUUAACGAAACGGCGUUCUGACGAGUUGAAAAGGGGAGGUUUGGCUGGUCAGGAACGAUUUCUCCCUUUUUCUCUCGUCUUUUUCUUUUUUUUGUUUAUACUCCUAUCUUCAUCUAUAUAUUUAUUUCCAGCGAUCCUUGGCUGGCAUUGUUGCUGGCGUUUGUCGUUUCGGAUUGGUGAAUAUUCAUUGACACAACAUUUAUACAUAUACAUAUACAUAUACGUUUAUAUAUUUUAUAUAUAGCAGAGUGAGAAAAUGUACAAACAAGGUCUAUCUUCAA